CGCCCUCUACCUGGCCACGCUCAGGAAGGACCGCAAUUAACCAUGGCAUCGAAAUCAUGGUCGCUCUUUGUAAACCGCUCGAUGAAAUACGCGCGCGAGCAAGCCUUCGGAAUGGCACGCAUGUCCGGCGUAGAGCCUCCCUCUCGUGCCCCCAAAACGCUGUUUACCAUGAACACGCCCGAAGAUAUCGGUGACUACUAUAUCAUGUCCGACAAGGACAUCGGCGGCAGCUCGACCGUCAACUUCGACCUCGACAAGGACCCACAACGCGCGGAAGAGAACGGGGGGAGGUGGUCCGCCAAGUUCUGGGGUGUGUUGUCGACGAAAGUUCCAGAAGGUAUGGAAGGCAAGAUGCGGAGCGGAUACGUUGGGUUCAGGAAUAACCACAGACCGACGCUCUUUGGUGAUAUACUGGACGACGUUCACGCACAUCGAUACCUUGCCCUCCGCGUCCGCGCCGCCGGCACACCGCGCUUGCGGAACUCGUACUUCGUCAACAUUCAGACCGACGACUGGUUCGCGACCGAUCUCUGGCAGCACAGACUAUACUUCUCGCGGACAGACGGCGGAUGGGAGGAUGUUUUCAUACCCUUCGAUAACUUCCUUCUCACUCAAGGUGGCGUUCUGCAAGAAGCCCGCGAGAUGGACAUGAACAAAUGGAAGAUCAAGUCUGUCGGAAUUUCCCUGCUUGGAGGACAUAGUGGCAUCGAUGGAUCAUACGAGCUCGGGAUUGACUCUAUACGAGCUGUAAACGAAGAAGACGUGACAGCUCCAUUAGCGAAAGGACCUGCGUUAGACUAGCAAGCGUCACGACCUAAGAUUCUGACUAUAUCUAUGUAAUGCAACAAAGCGCCC